AGGUGAGGGGUGGUGAGGGGCUCUGGGACCCGGGGUCCAGGAUCUGAGAUCCAGGCAGUUCGCGGGUGCCGCCGAGAAUGGACAUCAGGCCGAACCACACCAUCUACAUCAACAAUAUCAAUGACAAGAUCAAGAAGGAAGAGCUGAAGAGGUCCCUGUAUGCGUUGUUCUCACAGUUUGGUCAUGUGGUCGACAUUGUGGCUUUAAAAACUAUGAAGAUGAGAGGACAGGCAUUUGUUAUAUUUAAAGAACUUGGAUCAUCGACCAAUGCUUUGAGACAGCUACAAGGCUUUCCGUUUUAUGGGAAACCAAUGCGUAUUCAGUAUGCAAAAACAGACUCCGAUAUCAUCUCUAAAAUGCGUGGGACUUUUGCUGAUAAGGAAAAAAGAAAGGAAAAGAAAAAAGCUAAAACUCUGGAACAGUCAGCAAAUGCACCAAAUAAAAAGGUUAUCCAGGGAGCAACACAGAAUUCAGCCAGUGCCCCAGGGACUACACCACAGAAUCAGGUGCCUGAUAACCCACCAAACUAUAUCCUUUUCCUUAAUAAUUUGCCUGAGGAAACAAAUGAGAUGAUGCUGUCCAUGUUAUUUAAUCAGUUUCCCGGAUUCAAAGAAGUACGCUUAGUGCCAGGGCGCCAUGACAUCGCGUUUGUGGAGUUUGAAAAUGAGAACCAAGCAGGGGCUGCUCGAGACGCUCUCCAAGGAUUCAAGAUCACUCCAUCUCACGCCAUGAAAAUCACUUAUGCGAAGAAAUAGCUAUAUGAUCCUAUAAAGGACUUCUGUGGACAGGUGUUUUUUUUAAAAACACUGAUACUCUGGUCAGCUACCAUGUUUGCUGUUCUCUGCAGAAAACAUAAGACUCAAAUAGAAUUGCCACAAUGACCAGGGCACAUGUAAAAUUUUCACAGAUCACCCGGAUAGUAACUUUUUCUGUUGAAAUACAAAUUUUUAUAAAAUAAAAUAUAAAUAUGCUGUUUUCGAGCCAUA